UUAGUCUGUUCUGAAUUUUGUUCCAGAUAAAAACUUUGUACAAUCUUUAACACUUCUUGGCAGUUAUUUCACUUUUCCUGCCCAAAAAUGUAUGUAGCUGUCCUAUUGUAAUGCCCAAAAUUGUAGUGAAUCUAUUUAUCGGAACGACAGAAAAUCAAAAACCACACGUUUUCUUGGCGUUGUUUGUUAUCCGGCGUUGCGUUUUUAUUAAAGUUUAUCGUUUAUUUCCGCUGUUAUGAUAUAAAAUGUAGUGUGGGGACGUUGUCCGAUACUCAUUUAUAUGUUUACAUCCUAAAUUUGCAAUAAACCGUACAAUAAACAUGUAGCCGCAAAUUAAAUUAUAAUACGAUGUUUGCAAUAGCAGCGUUCCCUAGAGCCAUUUGACACCGAUGUAAACGUAAUAGAUGGAUCAUACUUAGCAUAUGGCGGUAGUGAUGGGUUCGCCGACUCAGCCGGAGGGCGCGGGCUGGUUAGACAUGGAGCGGCUGGAGAGCGCGCUGGGCCGCAAGCUGACCUCCAUCGACCUGGUGGGCGGCAUCUUCUGCAGCAUCUGUCAGUCCACGUUCGGGAACAAGAAGGACUACGACUCGCACUAUGUGGACCACAACAUUGGCGACGCAGACAUAGGCUAUACUUGCGUUGUGUGCCGCAAGCAGUUCUCGGGCUACCCCAGCUUCCGCAACCAUUGCUAUUUAGCUCAUGUUGCUAAAAACAAACACAGGUGUUUACAUUGCUCCAAAACAUUUUCAAAACAAUCAAUUCUAAACAGUCACAUUGAUGCUACUCACAAUUUCAGAUGUGAAACUUGCCAAAUUCACUUUCCAUCCAAAAAGGAACUAACAACACAUCAAGUUGUACACGGGAAGGAGAAACCACCAUACAAUUGCCAAGAAUGUGGGGAUCCCAUAGAAAGUAUUGACAUGUGCGAGCUGCACAUAGACAAGCACUGUACCACGGUGUACUCCUGCCCGGUGUGCAACGAACAAACCAACAACAAGCUGGACGCUGCCAAACAUCUCACUAUCCACUUUGGCGAAGUACUUACGGAUGAAGAUAUUACUACUUCGAAAAUUGGGGAGGACUGUUCUAUUGACAUCCUUGGAGGAGUCCUCUGUAACUACUGCGAUGAGUUGUUCAAGAACAGAAUAGAGUUUGAUACACAUUACACUACAGAACACGGAGAUAAGCCACUGGUGUACUCCUGCAAUAUUUGUGGGAAGCAGUAUGACAAAUACCAUUUGUUUGGAAACCACUGCUAUGAUCAUAUGACCAAAGGUAGAUUCGAAUGCACUGACUGCGGCAAGUCAUUCUGCCGGCUGUCACUCCUGGUGACUCACACUGAGGCGUUCCACUCGGCCGAUUCAGGCGACAAGCCAUUCCGCUGUGGCACUUGUGGCUAUGGCUUCAAGUCUGCUAAGAGAUUGUGCGAGCACACCCGAGUUGUGCAUGCUACUAGUGCUCUGAGGUGCACGCAGAACGGCUGCAAUGAGAUGUUCGAAUCUCUGAAGGAGCUGCUGUUCCACCAGCGCUCGCACCGCUCGGCGCUGGACAACUGGUGCCGGCAGUGCGGGCUGCAGUUCAGCUCGCUGGCGGCCGCCGAGCGCCACCUCGACGUGCACCGCAAGAAGCACUACGCCUGCCCCGUCUGCCCCAAGACCUACCGCGAGAAGUACCUCAUCCUCAAGCACGUGCCCACGCACUUCGAGUCAGUCCUACAUGUCUGCAAAGUAUGUGGCAAAGUCUUCAACCAACGCUCUCGUCUCGUUCAACACUCCAAAACCCAUUCAGCUCUCCGAACCCACACGUGCAGCGUGUGCAGCAAGGGCUUCAUGAAGGCCGCCGUGCUCGAGCAGCACAUGAACAUCCACCUCGGACACCGCCCCUUCAAGUGCACCGUCUGUCCCAAGACCUUCGCCAGCCACCCCAACUUUCACAAACAUAUGCGCCGUAUACACAACAUACCCAAGAAAGAUAUACAAACCUUUAAUAAUAUAAUGAAAACUACUCCUGAACAAGUCCCAGUCACUGUAAUCGAUAAUAGCGACACUAAAAUGAAAAUCGAGUCAGGAAUCGAUUCUACGAGUUCAGAAAUGUCUCUAGAGACACACAGUUUUGCUGAGUCCGAUGAUAGUACAAUGGACAGUAUUGAUCCAACCAUCAUAAAGAGAGAUUGGAGUAUUUCCAAUGAAAGUUCCAUUAUUGAAAACAUAGAUACACUACAAUAUACUGAUAUGCUGCCGGCUAACAGCACCACAUUUAUUGAUUUUGAGCUCUCCACAGAAGUAAUGUCCAAUCAAGCAACGCCCGCAGGCCAGGCGUGGCCCGGGCAAGACGGACAGCUGCUGUUGCCCGGGGAAGGCAUACCGGGCCUGGCCGGGCAGGAGCCUGCAGGGCUGGUGCCGGCGGAGUACGGGCCGGAGUUCGGCGUGUGGUCGGGCGGGGUCAUCGACCUGGACGAGCAGUACCUGCCGCACAUCGACCCGCGCCUCACCAUCAAGCCGCCCGCGGAGGCUCCACCAGCUGACGCCUGGGAGCCUAUCAUAACGAAGGUAUACAGCGUCUUCGAAGACGCUGAACUCAAUCGACUCUCCAUAUUGAAGACCGACAUAUUCUAAACGCCCCGACACUCUCGCACUACACUUGAAAUGCCAAAGGUGUAAUUGCACUUGCUCAGUAUUUCGUAUUUGAAUGCUAGAAUUCGAUCCAUUUUGGUUACGGCCAGUAGUUUUUUGACAUACACCUCAUAGAAACAUUCAGAGAACUACCAGCCGUAAAUUUUAUUUCAUAGUACUAUUUCUAACGCAAUGUGAGCAAAACAUUCGAGUUACAUCUCUCGUGCAUCCAAAUACGUAAUAACAACCAAGUGCAAUUACGCUAUAACGUGCGACACCCACACUAAUAGUAGAUUUUAAUGAUUUAAUAGUAUUCGUUCCGGUCAAGCGGGUUCAAUCACCUAUAGAUGUUUAAUUAUAAAGAUUACAUUAAUUUGUGGGACCCGCUCGGCCGACCACACAGCUACCUCAGGCAAACGACUAUAUACCUCAGUAAUCCAUAGGAAAUAUUUUAAUGUAACUGUUGAUAUAUACAUUUAUAUAACAUAGAUCCCACCAAACAUUAGUUGGUUAAUGUUCUUUAAUCAUAUUCAUAAUAAUGCUACCUCAUUUAGUUGUUUAAGUUAUCGAUAUAGAUUGUUGCUUAAACGUAUGCCUCGUUCAGAUGUACAACAGUAUGUAGUGAUGUGCCAUGUAACGACGAGAACGCGAGUCCUAGUCGAAUACUGCGGGCUAGUGGAGCAUGUCGAUGUUUCACCUAUAACGUUGCCAUGUUUAUCGACCAAUGUCAGAAUUAAAAUGGUUUGUUUAAAUGGUCGUUACUGGCUGUGAAGCCUCCAUCUCGAAUAUCUUAGUAAUAUGAGACAUGGCAUGCUCGCCUGAAGUUCGCAGUACGCGACGAUUGCGCAGUUUCUAUAUAAGAAACGACUUAAUUGCUUGCAGGUGGUGGUUUUUUGACAUAAGCCUCUUGGAAUAAUAAAAACGAAAUAUCUAUCAUUUGCAAGCAAAACAAGUUGUUUCUUUUUUAAAGGAGCCGUGCAUAUAAAGUCCACGCGUCGCCUGACGCCAGUAAAAUCUUUAAAUUGCAGUAAAAACUAUUCGGUUCCAAUAUUGUAUUAUAUUCGAUGAUUAUGAUCCAAAGUUAGGGUAAGAUGAUUUGGUGAACAAAUUAUUUGCAUUUGUAAAUAUUUUGGUACUUGCGGCACUUGCAUUUUCGACGCUUUUUGAGGCCGCCGUUGGUUCUAGGGAAUAGGAUUGUGGAGAAUGGAAGGCAAGAAAUGUAUCUCGACUGCUUUUGGAUGUCAGCUGUAUAGCUAGCUAGCUCGAGUUAUGUAAUCGUGGGGCUUCGAACUGAAGUCCAUUCUAGUCCAGAUGAGUGAGUAGUCAUCAAGUGUGUUGCCGCACAUUCUGCACAGGUUCUUGUUCGGUGACAGUAUAUGCUGUCCUAUGUGCUAUUCUCUUCUACAGGGAUUCUUGUAAGAUCUAAUGUUAUUGACUGACAAGCAUUUACUUGGGUAGGACGUAGUGCCGUGGUUGGCUGGUUCCAACCACGUGGUGUUGGAGUAUCGCGGAGACCAACGGCGGUGUGCUCAUGCAUUUGAAUUUCGAUUCCUUUAUUAUUAUUGUUAUUUUUUUAUUCGGAAGUCGCGACGCCAAGCGUCGUGAUUUUAGUGUAAGUGAAUCGAUAGUGCUGUGAUAUUUUUUAUGUAUAUUUAGUGUUAAGAUUAGAGAGUGUAACGUAACGAGUGAGUACAAACCGUUAAACAUCGCGAGUUGCCGGCGGCCGCCCGCCGCCAGAGCAUUCGGUAAUAGACAAGUAAUGUUGCUACAAAACAUAUAGAUGCAAGAGCAUUCUAAUUAAAUUGAAAGGAAAUCGGUGUUUCCACACCAAAAAAUAAAAACUUGACAAUGUUUACUUAAGCAGAAUCAAGCUGCAAACUUAAAAUGUUGAUGUAAAUGUUAAAAAAAGAGAAAAAAUAUUUAACUCCGAAAUAUAUUUUGGAGAGAAUUAUUUACAAGUAUGAGGAAGAGGGGUCUUAGUGAUAAAGAUAUCCAAAGACUGCUAGGUAUUAUAAGUUCUUUGAACUUGAAAUUCGACUUAUAAGUCAGGGAUUUAUGCGGAAUAAAGUCAGACGUAACGAAAGCAAACUAAUGUAAUAGAAAAACGGCGUAGCUAUCGGAUAAUCAUAGGCUUUGACAAGAAAACGACAAAAUUAACAAUGAAGCAAGUAUUUGGCGCCUGGAAUCACCUGCACAAGGUAUAGGCAGAGUUGCAUCGAGCACACAGUCCGGCCGAGGCCGGCAGCAUGAGCGGAUCGCGGAUCCCGUGCAAGGAAAUUAACAAAACGAAAUUAAACGCGCGCACGCCGACCGGACAGGAACGUAAAUUAUUUUUGUCUGCAUUUUCACUCGUAGUGGAAUUGUCCGGGCGGUGGUGGCGCGGCCAAUAACCACGCUAGAUUGGUUCCUCAAUUGGCGGCCGCGCGAGGGGCGACGAAAAAAAAAAUACAUAGUAUAAAAUAAUCUUCAUGUGGCGUUAAAAUUGUACAAGUUUUGCCAAGUCGAUGAUAGCAGUAUUCUAUGUCUUUUUGUCGUGGUCGGUGUUUGUAAAUCUGUUAUGUCUAAAUUAUAAAUAAUGUAAAAAAAAAAGGAAAAAUCCGUCUCCCCCGCGCGGUCCGUACAACGCUGUCAGUUCCGUGCGAGCUUACGACAGUUAUAAUAUAAUAGCAUUAACUCACAUACAAUAUAAGAUGUCUUUAACCUCACCUGAGGCUUUCAUUAUUUCAAUAUAAAUAGUACUUAUUUCGAACUUCUGUAAUCAUGAAAAAACCAUUUUGAUGUUAAAAAUUUGUUGCAAAGGGGACAAUUGUAUAUUUUCGCGGAAAUCUUGCCGUUUACAAUAGAAGAAUUAAAAGUAUAAAUAAAAUAGGUAGGUUUAUAAAACAAGGGUAUUAAAUAAUAGAGCACAGUUUACAAAUGUUAGGAUCUAGGAGUACUAGAAAGAUACAAACAAAAUGAGUUUUUAUGAAGCGCAUAGCGUUAUCAGUACUUUGUCUUGCCCUGCAAGGCACCAGUGCGAAGCUGGUUAGAAUUCGCUAGAUCCUAAUACAUUGAUCUUCAUCAUCCUCCGAGCCUUUUUCCCAAACUAUGUUGGGGUCGGCUUCCAGUCUAACUGGAUUCAGCUGAGUACCAGUGCUUUACAAGAAGCGACUGCCUAUCUGACCUCCUCAACCCAGUUACCUGGGCAACCCGAUACCCCUUGGUUAGACUGGUGUCAGACUUACUGGCUUCUGACUACCCGUAACGACUGCCAAGGAUGUUCAAUGACAGCCGGGACCUACAGUUUAACGUGCCAUCCGAAACACAGUCAUUGGUGUCUAAGAUAUACUUAGAAAGUACAUACAAACUUAGAAAAGUUGCAUUGGUACUUGCCUGACCUGGAAUCGAACUCGCGCCCUCAUACUCAAGAGGUUGGUUCUUUGUCCACUAGGCCACCACGACUUUUUUGAUCUAAUACAUUGAUCUUAAUGAGCAGCAAUUCUCCAGGGCUUAAUCCCACGAUCCGUCUGCGGUAUAAAUUGAACGCCUGUUCAAUAAAUUUCGGUCGAUGGCCAAAAAUGUAUUGACGUCAAUACUUCUCUGCCAUUGACAGAACACGCCUAGGCUUAUUCUUACACUGCAAUGAACUCUAAAAUUGUUUCUCUAUGAAACCAGUAAAAUUCAGGUAGACUACACUCCCGUAGUUCAACGAACACCAAUGUGAUUGCGGUUUAAAACCGAUGGGGUUCAAAGAGCCAAUUUACGUAAGAUUAAGGCCUCACCUGAAGAGAUCGUCGGAGCGAGACUGAGUAACGAAACUAACCCGAAAUUCUCUCAUUGUACCCUUUGCGACCGUAUUUGUCCCUAGCUUUUAGGUGUUAGGUUAUAGUCGAACACAGGGUAUUGUGGUUCUAUUUUAACGGAAGUGUUAAAAAACGAUUAGUAAGCGACACAUCGCACCCGAAACAUGAUGGCUACACAAUACUACCCCAAUACCCAACAAGUGUACAGUAUAGGUACCGUUCUAAAUCUGUCUUAAAAUAUAAGGUUUUCAGGCCGGGUUACGAUUAUACUUACAGGGAUUUAUCUAAAACGAAUUUUGAGAAAUACGUAUAAAGUAAAUAUAAAUGUGUGUCUAAAAUGUAAUACAUAACGUAUUACUAUAAAAAGUAAAACGAAUUCCUUAAACUUCGUUUUGUGAAGCGGUAAAGUUUGCAGACUAUGUUCAUUUCAAACGAGCUGGGGAAAUCAAAAAGUUAACUAGACAGGACCAGACGAUACCGACACAGGUUGGCAGUCUGCAGAACGAGUAAGAUGGACAAUUUUGAUAUGAACGUAUUCGCCGAUAGCAAAGUUUAAAGAAGAUAUUUUUCAAAUAAAUAUUUAACAGUAAAAUAUGUAGAAAUGUUUGGAAAUAUGUCAAGUAAGGCACAGUUGUGAAGUUUAUCAAAACCCGGUCGAUGUUUCAUGUAGUAAGCUAAAUAAAUUACGUUUUAAUUCAAAACUCUUAUUUUAGAGGUUAAAACAAGUAAAAAUGCAUAAUAAGUAUACAUAGUGUUACGUACCUACUGGUUUAUUUGGCUCGCAUUUUGGUAUUGUGAAAAUAUUUUGUACAUAAUUCUGUAAUCAAUUUUAUCCUUGACACCUAUAUCAACUAAAAUGAUUUUCUUUGUGAAUGAACUUAUUUUUUCGACAAGACUGUAUUUAAAUACCCAUAGAAUUUGAUGUAUUCAAUUGAAAUUUAUCAGAUUUAAGAGUAAAUAGCAAAUGUACUACAUGGACCAACCCAGUAGGGUAUGGUCUUCAUGUAUGAAGUUUUGAUAAUUUGAAUUAAAAAUGUAGUAAUCAGAGUCUUGUCGUCUAAAUAUGUAAUUGGCCUAAAUCAACACGUUAGGCUAGUAACUAGUCGGCCAUGAUUUUAUCGAGCUUACGAUAGCAACCUUCGAUUUGAGUUAUUUUGGCCAAAUCAUGGCCCACUACGUUCUUAGGUGGAAAGGAUAAUGUAAAAUCAGCUUUUUUCGCUUUGAUGUUUGAAACUUUUGACAUGAAAUGUAUACUUUAAGAAAUUGUAUUUUUUGUGCGUCAAGCUUCUAAUCUAUACAUAUAAUAAAUUGUAAAUAAAAACGCUGUUACAUUUUUUUCUACUAUUCGAUAACUGUACGGGAUUUGUUUUAAGACGUAGGCUCAUAUAUUUAGCACUAAACUAAAAACCUAAGCAGAAAAGUGUGAAAGUUGGAGUGUAAUACAGCGGUGGACGGCGACCGCCUGCACUUUCACACUCUUCUGUCUGGGUGAUAUACAUAAGUAAUGUACCGAACUACCUCUGCAUGCCUCCAUGGAUAACAGUAAUUAUAGAUUUCUUUUUUUGUUAUUAUUGCGAUGUAACUUUACAUUUACGCAUUGAUAUAUUUUGUACGUUAUUAAACAGAAUAAUUAUAAGGGACAUAGGUUUUACAGUUAUAUUAUUGCUAUAAUCAAUAUGUACCUACGAUUUGAUGUGUGCAAGAUAAUUUUCCUUUUAUGUAGGACGCUACUCAAAUCUGAAUGGAACUAAUUAUUGAUCCUUAUACAUUACAUUAUACAAUCUGACUAGUUCAA